AUGGCUUAUGAUCAAUCUCUUCACUCUCCGAACAAUCCACAUUUCUUCCAACCUCUCCUUCCUGGCUUCCACACUCACCUCAACAUUCCUGUAGCUUUCUUCUUGAAGCACCUCCAAGGAAAUAAUGACCACAUCAAGACUGCGAAACUGACAACAGAUGCGUCCGCUAAAACUUGGUCAGUGAAGGUAGACGGCGUGGGACUCACAGACGGUUGGGAAGAUUUUUCAGUAGGGCAUGAUCUCCGGAUAGGUGACAUCAUCAUUUUUAGACAUGAAGGAGAGAUGGUGUUUCAUGUCACAGCUUUCGGACCAAGUUGCUGUGACAUUCAAUAUACUUCAGCAUCAUCUCACAACAUCAAUGAUGAUUGUCAAGAUCAGACGACCAACAAUACUGAAAAUUCAGGAGAGAAGAGAAAGAGAGUCAAGAAUCCAAGAACGAAUGAAGAUUCUUCAUCAAAUCAAUCUCAAUUUGUGGCCCAUGUCUCACCCUCAAGUCUAAGUUCUGAUCGACUGUAUAUACCAACGGGUUUUGCUAGGUCAAACGGUCUGGACAACAUGAGCGGUAGAGAGAUUAUUGUUCUUCUUAACGAGGAAGGAAGAUCAUGGAACUUAAAUAUGACUUACAACAAAGUAGGCAUGCAGACAUUUGUAAGACCUGGUUGGAGAAGUUUCUGUGCUGAAAAUGGGAUGAAAAAAGGUCAUCAUUAUACGUUCAAACUGGUCCGAAGAUCUGCACCAUUAAUCAUCCGUUUGUCCCAUGCCGAACAUGAGCCAAAACCAGCUACAGAAUCUUCAUUACACCAUUCUUAUUAUAUUGGAUCUGUCAGAUCUAAUAGCCUUAGUUCUGAUAAACUGUAUCUUCAGAGAGAUUUUGUGACUGCAAAUGGUCUAGAGAAAGGACUCAGUGAGAUAACUUUAAAGAAUGAAUGUGGAGGAAGCUGGGUUUUGGGUUUGAGACACUACGAAUCAAGCAACCGUACUUUUCUCGGACCAGGCUGGAACACUUUCUGCCAAGAAAACGGGAUCAAAGCUGAAGAUCCCUUUAUGUUUAAACUCGUUGAAACUGGGGACAAGCCUGUUCUCUUGUUGUGCACUUCUAACCGUGGCAAAACGCCAUUAGACUGUCCAGAAGAUAGUGAUGAUGAUGUACACUCCCUCUCCUCAGAUACUAGCAGUGAAGAUGACAGUAAAGAAGAAUCCCAAGAAAGUGAUAAGGAGCGUAUUGAAGACGAGGACAGCUCACAACAAUGCAUCGUGGAGAAGAAUAGCUUGAGAUGCAUAUGUUCAUCUCCAUAUAGUAAACACCGUUUUGUGAGAUUAACUCUUACACAGAGCGCUCUUAAAACCUCUAUACUAUACCUUCCGUUGGCUUUCACGCGGAUGAAUUGCAUCAACAAGCCAAGAAAGAUAACUCUGUUAGGUAUAGAUGGAGUGAAAAAACAGGUGGUGAAUCUUUUGAAGAACAAAUCAAGUGGAACAAUGCGAAUUGGAAAAGGAUGGAGAGAGUUCUGUGACGCUCAUGGUGUAAAGGUAGGAGAGUCCUUUCUGUUGGAGCUCAUUUGGGAGGAUAAUGAAGCAAUUCCGGUGCUUAAGUUCUGCACCACACUCUGAGACUUUUGUGUCCAGAGGAAGAAGAUUCCUGUGGUACAAUAUGUUCUUCUUACUCUCUGUCAAGUUUGUUUAAGUUGCUGCAGCUUGUUGAUUGUAUAUUAUUCUCUUGUUGCUUCUGGCUAGAUGUC